GGAUUAUUUGCUGUCCAACGACGGCACGGAUGCUUUCGCACCCGGAGCAAGAGCUUCGGCGAAAAAUAUCCAAAAUCCGACCGUCCCUCCCUUCACCGCUGCCCAAGAACGGGCGAUUCUUGCGAACCGCUACGGCAUUGCGUCAGAAGAGCUGUUGGACUUGAGGAAUUACCGCCGCGCGCCGUUCAAACAGAGGAAAACCAGUUUUGACGCCCGAGCGAGCACCUCUGGUGUAAAAACACGUGCGGCAAGCGCGGCGGGCAUUGUUACAGGCACCACGAGUUCCUCUUCGAGCAGGAGUUUUUUUCUGGAUCCGCAGCACUUCGCCACCGAUCCAAACCAGUCAGUGACCAGGCCGCAGUACGACAGUCCGG